AUACACUUGGUACAUAUGUAUGUCUUAUUGUGCGUCUUGAGGUUGAGUCCUGCUGGACCACACGGAGUAGGAAAUCAUUAUUAUAUCACUGUAUUUCUUUUCUCGUCCCUCCAUUCCUUUUGUUUUUGCAUAACCAUUUUCACAAUAAGAGGACACAUGAGGCAGUUAAUGUGUGCCACAAACCACUGCAGGGCAUUAACCAGAAAUAUUGAACACGCCCGUCUCCUCUGCCCCCACCCCCACUAUUCUAAAUGUCUUAUAUAUUAGGAAUUUCCUAAAUCGUCCAUUUAUAGGUAUAUUUAUCUUCCACGUCCUUAAGUGGUACGUACAAUCAUCAGAGAUGUCAGUAUUUAUGGUCAUGGCUGUAGUGUAGUGUAUUAACAGUACUUCACUUUUUGAUAUUUUUUGUUAUACUCUUGCCUUACUUCAAAAUUGAUUCAAUUUUCAAAAUUAUACACAUAACACAGUUUGGAAAUAUUUACAAAUGGAUUCAAAAUGUCAAAAGAAAUGAAAUGUAUAGGCUACAAAGUAUUCAAUGCUCAAUACAAAAGGUCCUCGGUGCAAGAAUGAGUUUCAUUCGUACAGCACGUUGUAAGUUGAUCGCUGAUACUGUACAGAGAAUACACAAAGGACAUAAAAGAUACAAAGAUUAUAUUCAAGAAUUAAUUGAAACAAAAGAGAGAACAGUCCUUCCUUGUUUGUGUUGCACACUGUACGGGAGGGCGAGACAGUCUUAUCAGGAGUCUGAUUUUCCUGCCAAAGCACCAGCAGUCUUACACUGUCUAUUUCAUAGCAGCAGCUUUAUGCUCUGUGAUGGUCACGACAGUCAAACGGCUCAGACCAAGGAUCCCCUUUCUGAACAUUUCACCAUGUCCAAUUUUACUUUUUUGAUGCACGGCCAUCAGAAGAGUCUACCUUACACUUGGAAGACAUAAUGGAAGGGCAAAAAGUUAACAAGAAAAAGAACAGAAGCAAUGUUUUCCUGCCUCGGUGUAGCUAUGUGACUGCGUACUGUGCGUCAUAACCACAACAUGUACGUAUACCGAGGACUUCCAAUACACCUUUGACAGAUGUGUCCCUUUUCAAAUCAUGUCCAGGCAACUGAGUUUACUCCAGGUGGACUCCUAUUAAGCUGUAGAAACAUCUCAAGAAUGUUGAGUAGAAACAGGCUGGGAAUACUUAUUAACAUGUGAUGUCUAAGUUCUGGCAAAAACUACCACAGAAAUGUUGUCAUGACAGGGUUUUGAAUUUUGAGGAAAUAAAUGUAAUCCAUGUUGGAAUUAGGCUGUCACACCACAAAAUGCUGUCAAUACUUUCCAGGAUCACUCUAUGUACGUACUGUAUAGUGCAGUUCAUGACAGACAGGCCAGACAUGAGGGUGACAUAUUAAUCAGCAUGAAUUGUUUAUAAAUUAAAGCUCGUCACAAUAAAAGUCUCAGCAAUGAUGAGAUGUAAUAUCAGUCAGGUCACAACAACAGGUCCUAAAAGUGGGUUUCUUUCAUAUCAUCGUCGUCCAUCUCCACAACCUUGUUCUCAUAUCCAAACAUGUCCUCCUGCUCAUUUUCCUCUGGCCUGUGACACAAGCCAACAACAUACAGGUUAGUCCUUCCCUUUGGGAGGCAUAGAGUGAAGAAAAUGUUGAUCUAGUCAGCAAGUGUGACCAUGUGUGUGUGAGAGAGACCUGUUCUUCUUGAGCAGUCGUUUAAUGAUGAGAAGGAUGAAGACAAUGAAGAGGAAGACCACCACGGCUGUCAGGCCCGUCAACCAAGGCUGCAGCGUCACUGACUGAGACCCCGUGGCUGCACGCGCACCUGACACACAAACAUGACGUGAGUGCUCUCAUGGCAUACAGUCAUCAUCAUCAGCCAUCCAUGAAGUGAGCCGUGUUGACUGCACAAUGCAUCAUUUUAUUUGGUUGUUGUUUCUUAAUCCGGUCAAAACAUGCAGGCAUUUACCUUUAUGAGCUGAGCACUUGGCUGCACCGUGCAGUACACACAAGACAAGAAAAGCCACGAUCAUCCUGAAUGGCUCCCACCGACUUGUUCCCACAGCGGAAUCCUCACAAGCUGACUGAAACGUUCUGCUGUGGUCAAAGUUCAGAUAUGUUAUUGCAGCCAAUCUGGGCGUGUAUCAUCUGCAGCUGUGUUACUUAUUAGCAAAGAACAGCUUGUCACUGUCAUUAAUGCUAUACGUCAGCAUGAUAAAGACUAAAGACAAAAGAUAAAACGAGAAAACCUGUUGUUGGUGAACGGAAAAACAGUAGUUGCAAGCAGUGUCGAAUGGACCCGCGCAUCCCCAUGCAAAUAAGUGCUUAUACAAGUCAAUGGCUGUACAGUCAUUUUCAUCAUUCAUUCAUUCAUUCAUUUUCUACCGCUUAUCCUCACGAGGGCCGCAAGGGUGCUGGAUCCUCACACUCACAUUCAUACCUAUGCACAAUGUGGAGCCGCCAAUUAACCCAACAUGCAUGUUUUUGGAAUGUGGGAGGAAGUCGGAGAGAACGUGCAAACUCCACACAGAGAUGGCCGAGAGUGGAAUCAAACCCCGGUCUCCUAGCUCUGAAGCCUGCACGCUAUAACCACUCAUUCGCCAUGCAUUUUCAUCAUUCACAUCAUUAGAUAGAAGUCUCACCUAGUGGAAUUAUUCAGAUUUCAGGUUGCUGAUAGCAACAGCCUAGAAUCCUUCGCCAUUUAUCACCGGCCACCUGUUUUUGGUGAAAAUGGCCAGUCAAAAACAAAAUGGCAGACUAAUUCCUGUUUCCUGUUUGUUUUCAAACAUGUUUUGCUGAGACCUUUUUGUUCUUCCUGUCAUGAUAAACAUCUCCACCAAAUUUUGAGCCAUCCCCUGCUGACAGAAGCUGUUUUUUUCUGUAAAUUACUACUACUGUCGGUAAACACAACCCAUGGAAGAGGACUGUUUGAUGAUAGACUCCUAGAAAAUGUCUCGUUUGAGAGGAAAGGAGCCAAUGGACUCUCUGCGGGGCUUCAGGGCGCCAACAAGCGAACCAGCGGUCCCUUGUGGUCUCCUCAAAACGGCCCGCAAGAGCGGACAACUCAACCUGUCAGGCCGAGGGCUGACAGAAGUGCCAGCGAAUGUGUUUCGUCUCAACCUGGACACGCCGGAGGAAGCCAAACAGAACCUCUCCUUUGGAGCCUCGGAGCGCUGGUGGGAGCAGACGGAUCUCACCAAGCUGCUGCUGUCGUCCAACCAGCUGACCUCCUUGUCUGAGGACAUCAGACUGCUGCCCGCUCUUUCCACUCUGGAUCUACAUGACAACCAGCUGCAGAUGUUACCAAGCGCUUUGGGAGAGCUGCAGGAGCUGCAGCAGCUGCGGCUCAGUCACAACCAGCUGACGUUGCUGCCAAUGGAGGUGUUCUCUCUGAAGAACCUCAGAAGCCUCACGCUGCAGCAGAACCAACUAGAUGUCUUGCCAGAGGAGCUGGGACAGCUGGAGGCGCUGACUGAUCUGGACGUGUCCAAUAACCAGUUGAUGGAGCUCCCCUCCAGCCUGGGUCGCCUCAGCUGUCUGCAGAAGCUCCACCUGUGUCACAACAAGCUCACUUGUCUGCCCGACAGCCUGGCACAGCUCACCAAUGUGAAGCUUCUGGACUGCAGCAACAAUCUGCUGAGCGACAUUCCCGCCGGUCUAUCCAAGAUGCUCGCUCUGGAGCAGCUGUACCUCCGACACAACAAGCUCCGCUUCCUCCCGCUGCUUCCCGCUCCUGCUCUCAAGGAGCUGUAUGUGGGCAACAACCAGAUCGAGAGGCUGGAGGCAGAGCAUCUGGCCAGCUUGCGCGUCAUCUCUCUGCUGGAGCUGCGAGACAACAAGAUCAAGGUGCUGCCUGAGCAGGUGGCCACAUUGAGCACGCUCACACGCCUUGACCUCACCAACAACGACAUCGGCAUCCUUCCAGCGUCACUCAGCCUGCUGCCUGACUUGAAGACUCUGCUUUUGGAAGGGAAUCCUCUGCGUGGGAUCAGGAGGGAGCUGCUGACAAAAGGAACCAAUGAGCUUCUGAAAUUUCUGAGAGGAAGAAUUAAAGAGGAGCCUGAUAGUGCUGCUGACAGGACGACUGCCAUGACGCUGCCCAGCGAGGCCACCAUCAACAUACACAACAUCAAAACUCUCAAGUCGCUGGUGUACAGUGACAAGAAAGCCGACAGCAUUCCGGAUGAGCUCUUUGAGGCCGCAGCGGGUCACGGCAUCACAUCCGUCAACUUCAGCAAGAACCAGCUGAUCGCCGUACCGCCAAGGCUGGCUGAGAUGCAGACAUUGACGGAGCUCAAUCUAUCUUUCAAUCGACUCACCUGCUGCAAUUAUGUCUGCAGGCUGCAGCAGCUUGUGCACCUCGACCUCAGGAACAACCAGCUGAGUGAGUUGCCAGCCGAGCUGAAGAAUGUGACGAAGCUACACUCCAUCAUCCUCAGCUACAACAAGUUCAAGUCCUUCCCGGAGGUCCUGUAUAACAUGGUUUCCCUGGAAACUAUCCUGCUGUCCAACAAUCAGGUGGGAGGUGUGGAUCCCACCCGCCUGGUCCAGCUGGUCUGCCUUUCAACACUGGACUUGUCCAACAACGACCUGCUCAGUGUGCCGCCUGAGCUGGGCCUUUGCACGAGCCUCAGGUCUCUCAGUCUGGAGGGAAAUCCUUUCAGGACACCGCGAGCCGCCAUUGUGGCCAAAGGAACUGACGCCAUCCUGGAGUACCUGCGUAGUCGCAUUCCCACAUGAUCCCUGGCCCUGAGCCUUGAUUUGCAUGCCAGAUUGUUGCUUAAGUCAUUAAAGAUACUUUGUGCAACGGUUUUAUUUUCUU